AUGGAGAGAAAAAUAAACAAAAUAGAAAAGGAAUGCGAAGAAAAGCACAGCAACUCCGAAGGCUCUGAGCAAGACAAGGACUAUAAAACGUCUCUGAUUACCCUGAAUGUUGGUGGCUAUCUCUAUAUCACACAGAAACAGACACUAACCAAGUAUCCAGAUUCUUUUCUGGAAAGGAUCAUAAAUGGAAAAAUAAUGUGCCCCUUCGACGCAGAUGGUCAUUACUUCAUAGAUAGAGAUGGACUCCUUUUCAGACACAUUCUCAACUUCCUACGAAAUGGAGAACUUCUUCUACCAGAAGGGUUUCGAGAAAAUCAACUUUUGGCACAAGAAGCAGAAUUUUUCCAGCUAAAGGUACUCUCGGAUGCAGUGAAAUCAAGGUGGGAGAAGGAACAGCUAGCAUCUCGAGAGACUACUUUCCUGGAAAUAACUGACAGCCACGACCGUUCACAAGGACUUCGAAUCUUUUGUAAUGCUCCUGAUUUCAUUGCAAAAAUAAAAUCCAGAAUUGUACUGGUAUCCAAAAGCAGGCUGGAUGGAUUUCCGGAGGAGUUUUCAGUAUCUUCAAAUAUUAUUCAAUUCAAGUACUUCAUAAAGUCUGAAAAUGGAACACGACUGGUACUGAAGGAGGACAACACCUUUGUCUGCACCCUGGAAACUCUUAAGUUUGAGGCUAUAAUGACGGCUUUAAAAUGUGGAUUUAGACUGCUGACCAGCCUGGAUUGUUCGAAAGGGUCAAUUGUUCACAGUGAUGCACUUCAUUUUAUCAAGUAA